CCCUGCGCGUGCGAAACGUGAGACCCCAUUCGUCGUGUCGAGCCACCCUUCAUCUUCCCCAGACUCCGCCGUCCGGGCUCAUCGCUCCAUGUCGGUGUUCGGAAAUCGUACGCGCAUGGGGGGUGAGAGCACUCUGUCACUCCGGAGGAUUAUCAAUCAAAGGCGUGAGCGACAACCAGCUGGUCGCACACCCGGGGAACCGGCGAUGCGCGAAACGUGGGACAAAUGAAGAGAAGCCCCCCUUCCCCUCCCCUCCCCUCGAACAUGCAUCCGCCGCCCAACGAGCCCGAUCCCGAAUGCCGUCCACACCAUCGCGAAACACCCAAGACGCCCCCAAAUACCACAACUGGGAAUCUCGCAUCGAACGAUUCUGCGGGCGACCGGACGAGCAGCCCACCAACUGCCAAUUGGCUUCGCGACUCGACGAGCCGAGGCCGGGGCCAUGGAGAGGAGGGUGUCCUCGUCAAUGGCCUCCUCGUCUCUCGACUUCCCGCACUCCUGAUGUAUGUUUCCUUUUUGCACCCGGCUAGCACAUACCCAAUUCAGCUGGCUACAGAGCAAGCGGUGCGAGUCCUUGCCGCAGCGAGGGUUAACAGUUUUUGGGGUGGGGUAAAAGGGAAGGGUAGUCCUAGAAAGAAAGGAAUAUUCAAGUGUCUAAAGUUGAGAACGUAUUCAACUUACGUCUGCCCGCCUGCUCUUCCAUCAGCAAGGUUAAGUUAUGUGUCCUAUUACUUCAAGAUAUAGAGCCCUUUGAUGAUUGACUU